CCCGAGCGCUCCACCAUGGCAAGCGACCAUACCAACUACACGGUCUUCAUGCCGCCCACCCCGGACAACCAGCCAGGCGCCGCGCCCACUCCCGCGUCCGGGGGCUCCACCAAGCCGGAGAACCUUCCCUUGCCACGCUACACCUCGGGCUCCAAGCUCGUGAACCGCCGGAGUGGCGACGAUGGCGCGGCCGGCGGCGCCAAGAUGGAACGUCGGCUUUCCACGGAGCAGGUGGCGUCGCCGUCCAAGUCGUUGCUGGUGCGGAGCCAGACCGGGGAAUUCGACCACAACCGGUGGCUGUUCGAGACCCAGGGCACGUACGGCAUCGGGAACGCCUACUGGCCGCAGGACGACAACGACGACGGCGCCGGCAUGGGCGGCGGCAGCGUCAAGAUGGAGGACCUCGUCGACAAGCCCUGGAAGCCGCUGAGCCGGAAGGUGGCCAUUCCUCCGGGCAUUCUAAGCCCCUACAGGUUGCUGGUGCUGGUGCGGUUCGUGGCGCUGUUUCUCUUCUUGGUAUGGCGCGCGACGAACCCCAACCCGGACGCGAUGUGGCUGUGGGGGAUCUCCAUCGUGUGCGAGUACUGGUUCGCCUUGUCCUGGCUCCUGGACCAGAUGCCCAAGCUGAACCCCAUCAACCGCGCCGCCGACCUGGCCGCGCUCCGGGAGAAGUUCGAGUCCAAGACGCCGUCCAACCCGACGGGCCGCUCCGACCUGCCGGGGCUCGACGUCUUCAUCUCCACCGCCGACCCCUACAAGGAGCCGCCGCUCGUCACCGCCAACACGCUGCUCUCCAUCCUCGCCACCGACUACCCGGUGGAGAAGCUCUUCGUCUACAUCUCGGACGAUGGCGGCGCGCUGCUCACCUUCGAGGCCAUGGCGGAGGCCUGCGCCUACGCCAAGGUGUGGGUGCCCUUCUGCCGCAAGCACUCCAUCGAGCCGCGCAACCCGGAGGCGUACUUCACCCAGAAGGGCGACCCCACGAAAGGCAAGAAGCGGCCGGACUUCGUCAAGGACCGGCGCUGGAUCAAGCGCGAGUACGACGAGUACAAGGUGCGUAUCAAUGACCUCCCCGAGGCCAUCAAACGGCGCGCGAAGGCCAUGAACGCCCACGAGCGCAAAAUCGCCCGUGAGACGGCCGCCGCCUCGUCCGAUGCCGCCCCGCCCCCCGUCAAGGCCACCUGGAUGGCCGACGGCACCCACUGGCCCGGCACCUGGCUCGACUCCGCCCCCGACCACGGCAAGGGCGACCACGCCAGCAUCAUCCAGGUGAUGAUCAAGAACCCACACCAUGACGUGGUGUACGGGGAUGCGGACGAUCACGCGUACCUGGACUUCACGAACGUGGACGUGCGCAUCCCCAUGUUCGUGUACCUGUCGCGGGAGAAGCGGCCGGGGUACGACCACAACAAGAAGGCGGGCGCCAUGAACGCCAUGGUGCGCGCGUCCGCGGUCUUGUCCAAUGGGCCCUUCAUGCUCAACUUCGACUGCGACCACUACGUGUACAACUGCCAGGCCAUCCGGGAGGCCAUGUGCUACAUGCUCGACCGCGGCGGCGACCGCAUCUGCUACAUCCAGUUCCCGCAGCGCUUCGAGGGCAUCGACCCCUCCGACCGCUACGCUAACCACAACACCGUCUUCUUCGACGGCAACAUGCGCGCGCUCGACGGCCUCCAGGGGCCCAUGUACGUCGGCACCGGCUGCCUCUUCCGCCGCUACGCCAUCUACGGCUUCAACCCGCCGCGUGCGGUCGAGUACCACGGCUUGGUCGGCCAAACCAGGGUACCCAUCGACCCGCACGCACGCUCUGGGGACGGCAUCGCCGACGAGCUCCGCCCGCUGUCCGACCACCCGGACCACGAGGCGCCGCAGCGGUUCGGCAAGUCCAAGAUGUUCAUCGAGUCCAUCGCCGUGGCCGAGUACCAGGGUAGGCCGCUGGCGGAUCACCCCUCGGUCCGGAACGGCCGCCCGGCCGGCGCGCUGCUCAUGCCGCGGCCGCCGCUCGACGCCGCCACCGUGGCGGAGGCCGUCUCGGUGAUCUCCUGCUGGUACGAGGACAACACGGAGUGGGGGCUGCGCGUCGGCUGGAUCUACGGCUCCGUGACGGAGGACGUGGUGACCGGGUACCGGAUGCACAACCGCGGGUGGCGCUCCGUGUACUGCAUCACGAAGCGCGACGCGUUCCGGGGCACGGCGCCCAUCAACCUCACCGACCGGCUCCACCAAGUGCUCCGGUGGGCGACGGGGUCCGUGGAGAUCUUCUUCUCCAAGAACAACGCGAUGCUCGCGUCCCGCCGGCUCAUGUUCCUGCAGCGCAUGUCGUACAUCAACGUCGGCAUCUACCCGUUCACGUCCCUCUUCCUCAUCAUGUACUGCCUCCUGCCGGCGCUCUCCCUCUUCUCCGGGCAGUUCAUCGUGGCCACGCUGGACCCGACCUUCCUCUGCUACCUCCUGCUGAUCACCGUCACGCUCGUGCUGCUGUGCCUACUGGAGGUGAAGUGGUCCGGGAUAGGGCUGGAGGAGUGGUGGCGCAACGAGCAGUUCUGGGUGAUCGGGGGCACGUCGGCGCACCUGGCGGCCGUGCUGCAGGGCCUGCUCAAGGUGGCCGCCGGCAUCGAGAUAUCGUUCACGCUGACGGCGAAGGCGGCGGCGGAGGACGACGACGACCCGUUCGCGGAGCUGUACCUCAUCAAGUGGACGUCGCUCUUCAUCCCGCCGCUGGCCAUCAUCGGGAUCAACAUCAUAGCCAUGGUGGUGGGCGUGUCGCGCUGCGUGUACGCGGAGAUCCCGCAGUACAGCAAGCUGCUGGGCGGCGGGUUCUUCAGCUUCUGGGUGCUGGCGCACUACUACCCGUUCGCCAAGGGCCUCAUGGGCCGCCGGGGCCGCACGCCGACCAUCGUCUACGUCUGGGCGGGGCUCAUCUCCAUCACCGUCUCCCUGCUCUGGAUCACCAUCAGCCCGCCCGACGACCGGGUCUCGCAGAGCGGCAUCGAGGUGUGA